UUCAAACGCCCUAGCUCCCACCUCGGGUGUUUUGGGCGCUACUCUGCGCCGUCGGCCGACAAGCGCUUUUUGUCCGUCCGCGACAACCGUCUGCACCUUCCCCACGUGAUCCAAACAGACCGGGUGCUUCCGCUUCCGGUCUGCUUCCACCAAGGCGCCGUUCCGUGGCUCGAGCCGGUCCGCGCGGCGGCGCCAUGGCGGAGCUGACGGCGCUGGAGAGUCUCAUCGAGAUGGGCUUCGCCCGGGGACGCGCGGAGAAGGCUCUGGCCCUCACAGGGAACCAGGGCAUCGAGGCCGCGAUGGACUGGCUUAUGGAGCACGAGGACGACCCCGAGGCAGACGAGCCGCUGCCGACGCCGGCCCUGUGCGGGAGCACCCUGGGCCGGGAGCCAGGACCCGAAGGACCCGAGGCAGCUGCUGGAGAGAGGAGACCCGGCCUGACCGACGAGGAGCGACAGGAACAGACCAAGAGAAUGAUGGAGCUGGUGGCCCAGAAGCAGCGGGAACGGGAAGAAAGGGAGGAGCGGGAAGCCUUGGAACGAGAAAGGCAGCGCCGAAAACAAGGGCAAGAACUGACAGCUGCUCGACAGAGACUGCAGGAAGAUGAGAUGCGAAGGGCCGCUGAGGAACGCAGGAGGGAAAAGGCUGAAGAGCUAGCAGCCAGACAGAGGGUUCGAGAAAAGAUUGAAAGGGACAAAGCAGAGAGAGCUAAGAAGUAUGGUGGUAGUAUGAGUUCUCAGCCAUCUCUGCCAGCGACAGAGCCAGGUCCUGUUCCCUCUUCUCCCAGCCAGGAGCCUCCCACCAAGCGGGAGUAUGACCAGUGUCGCAUCCAGGUCAGGCUGCCAGAUGGGACAUCACUGACCCAGACAUUCCAAGCCCGGGAACAACUGGCGGCUGUGAGGCUCUACGUGGAGCUGAACCGUGGGGGAGAGGCUGGAGGGGCCCAGGACCCUGUGCAGCUGCUCAGCGGCUUCCCCAGACGGGCCUUUUCUGAGGCCGACAUGGAGCGGCCCCUGCAGGAGCUGGGACUUGUGCCUUCUGCUGUACUCAUUGUGGCGAAGAAAUGUCCCAGCUGAAGAGCCUCAUCCCACCUUCCUGGACCUUCAUCUUUAUUAAGGGACCGACAUCUUCCUCUUAAUAAAUGGACCCUCUGUGUUCUGUA